AUUGUCCAGAAUACUAUUGGCUGAAAAAAAUGGAGUCAGAUGACGCAAUGUUUCCGGGUGUGACAGCACGCGCUGGAGGUAACUGUCGGUCAUUGCGCUCGGCGGCGAGAGACACGAGCGAGCAUCCGAUCCGGGAGUCAAGGUUGCACAUAUUGGAAUCUUUCCUUAUCUUUCUGAACUUCGAUCCCGGGAUCAUCAGUUGGGCAGAGGGCAACACUAAACUUGCUCUGUUUCAGGCUAGGCCUGAUCCCUUCAUCUUUCAGUCCCCUUCAGCUUCUCAGCAGACGUGAUUCUGAACAUGGACCCGAGUACACUUCUCUUGUUCCCAGUACAUGCAGUAGUAUGGCUCUACUCACUCUUGAGCUUUCUCCCAUGGUACUUCCUGACUGGAGCCCAGGAAAAGAAAUCCUUGGCAAAGAGGCUCAAAUCCAGGUCAACGACGGGUCAGGCUGAAGGACCGUAUCGAUCCGUGGAUCGCUUCGACUCCCUGGUCACGGAGGACUUUCCUGGGAAAGACACCCUUGAUAAGCUGUUUGACUAUGCGGUGGAGCGCUUCGGUAAAGCUGACUGCCUGGGAACCAGAGAAGUUCUGAGCGAAGAAAAUGAGACUCAGCCGAGUGGGAAGGUCUUCAAAAAGUUGAUUCUUGGUGAUUAUAAAUGGAUAUCCUAUGAGGAGAUGGACGUUCAGAUCAGUCAGUUUGGGAGCGGACUGGCAGCACUAGGCCAACAGCCAAAAAGCACCAUCGCUAUUUUCUGUGAGACAAGGGCAGAGUGGAUGAUCACGGCUCAGACCUGCUUUAGACACAAUUUCCCAUUGGUCACCUUUUAUGCAACUCUGGGAGAAGAGGCAGUGGCUUUCGGAUUGAAUGAGUGUGGAGUUACACACUUGGUCACCAGUGUCGAACUGCUGGAAACUAAACUGAAGGAUGUUCUUUCUCAAAUCCCCAAUCUGAGGCACAUCAUCUAUGUGGACAGGAAGAGCAUCAGCACAGCGGGGUAUCCACAGGGCGUCCACAUCCACAGCAUGCACUCUGUGCAAGAGCUGGGAGCCAAGCCAGAAAACUUGAGAAGACCCGUAGUGAAGCCCGUCCCAUCAGACCUCGCUGUUAUCAUGUACACCAGCGGCUCCACCGGUAGACCUAAAGGGGUGAUGAUUGUUCACAGUAACCUGAUCGGGGGCAUGGCAGGCCAGUGCGAGAGGAUACCUGGAUUGGGCUCAAAGGACACAUAUAUUGCCUAUCUGCCUCUUGCUCAUGUGCUGGAAAUGACGGCUGAGAUCUCCUGUGUGACGUACGGCUGCAGAAUCGGCUAUUCCUCACCACAAACACUGUCUGAUCAGUCCACCAAAAUUAAGAAAGGAAGUAAAGGUGACUGCACCGUGCUCAAACCUUCUCUAAUGGCGGCCGUACCCGAAAUAAUGGACCGGAUCAAUAAGAACGUCAUGAGUAAAGUGCAGGAGAUGAACUGCGUGCAGAGAACCCUGUUCAAACUGGCCUACGACUACAAGCUCGAGCAGAUCAAGAGGGGUUAUGAUGCACCUCUGUGCAACAUUUUGUUUAAGAAAGUCAGAUCUCUGCUGGGUGGAAACGUGCGGAUGAUGCUGUCCGGAGGAGCCCCUCUGUCUCCUGCCACUCAGCGCUUCAUGAACAUCUGCUUCUGCUGUCCUGUUGGUCAGGGAUACGGUCUUACUGAGACCUGCGGAGCGGGAACUAUAACCGAGGUUGCUGACUAUAGCACAGGACGAGUAGGAGCUCCUCUGAUCUGCUGUGAGAUCAAACUCAAAGACUGGGCAGAAGGAGGCUAUACGAAGCAUGACAAGCCCCAUCCGCGUGGUGAGAUCCUCAUCGGCGGUCCUAACGUGACCAUGGGCUACUACAGGAGUGAAGGCUGUAUCAACGAGGACUUCUUUGUGGAUGAGAACGGCCAGCAGUGGUUCUGCACUGGUGAUAUCGGAGAAAUGCACCCUGACGGCUGUCUUCAGAUUGUUGAUCGCAAGAAGGACCUUGUGAAACUCCAAGCUGGAGACUACGUCUCUUUAGGAAAAGUUGAGUCCGCUCUGAAGAACUGCUCUCUCGUUGACAACAUCUGUGCUUACGCAAACAGUGACCAGAACUACGUUAUCAGCUUCAUUGUUCCUAAUCAGAAGAAGCUGACCGCUCUUGCCAGGCAGAAGGGCAUUGAAGGCACGUGGGAAGAGAUCUGCAACCACCCGGUUAUGGAAAGGGAAGUUCUGAGAGAAAUUAAAGAAGUUGCAAUUUCAAUCAAACUCCAGCGCUUUGAAAUACCAGUUAUGGUCCACCUGAGUCCGGAGCCUUGGACCCCUGAAACGGGUCUGGUGACGGACGCAUUCAAACUCAAGAGGAAGGAGCUCAAGAACCACUAUCUCAACGACAUCGAAAGAAUGUAUGGCCACAAGUAGGACCAAAGAAAUCUUCAUCAGCCCCUCACCGUGAAACAUUACUUUUUAUCAAUAAAUGUUAAAUACAACUGUUCACCAUGACUGCCCAUUGCGUAGUGAUGCGUACACAUUUUCAAAGACGAACAAUGUUGAUAAGCUAUUGAUCUGUGUGUUUUUAUUCCUGGGCUUUGUGAAGCUCUGUAGUCUCUCUGCUGUGAAAUAGUUUACAAGUAAGUCGUAGCUGAUUAGCUUGAGAACUGUUGGGUAAAGGACAAUAUUUAUCUUAUCCAGCAUUAAGUAUCCACUAAUUUAUCAUUUUAGCAUUCAAAAGGAGUCUCUCCUUUAAAAAAAAAAAAAAAAAAAAAAAAGUUCAUCCAUACAACAGCGAUACACUGCCAUCACAUUGUGCUAUCUGUUUUUAAAUGUUUUUAACGUUUCUUUGUUAAAUUGUUCACUUAAUUGGUUUAAUAGAAUUUUAAAUAACACAAACUGCUAGCUGAGGUGAAGUCAUUGCACUGCGGAGCUCCGCCUCCUUGUAGAGGCAAGUCAUAUAUACAGUGAUGUUUCUGUGCCUUCUGAUUGGUUACUAUGUAUAUGUUGAUACCCUAUUGGCUGAAAAUUAGAAUUAGAUUCCUGUGCUUCAUUCAUGUUAGUGACUUUAUAAUGGUUACAAACCAUGUUCUUGAAUUUACUUUUUGUUUUGUUUAUUGGGGUGCAGUGCUUAAGGAAUAAGUGUCUUUUAUAAUGAUUACAAACAAUGUUUUUUAAUUUACUUGAGAUUAUUUUAUAUUUUUUGGUUGUAGAAAGGCGUCACUGAAUCACAAUGUUUUGAGUACUAAUUGACACAUAUAGAUAUGUUCAUGGAUUGACUCAAGACAAGUUGAGAUGACUAGCAAGUUGUUUAUUGCUCAUUUGUGCGGUUCAUUACACUUAACUGAAAUGAAGGGAACAUUUUAGGAAGUUUUUAACCUCUUAAGCAAGAUGUAAAAUUUAUAGUACAUCUGUAUUGUAUUUUCACGUCUGAUUUUUCUCAAACCACUCAUUUUACUGUUGUGUCUGAUUGUCUCUUGUCUGUCACAAAUUCCACUUCUGCAGGCUUUUAGUAUAUUUGGUAAUAUGUCAUUUAACAGUUUUCAAUACUUAAUGUAAAAAGCUGAAGAAAAAAAACAGAAUAUGAAUUUCAUGGUGGAGGUACCUUGUUAUUAUUGUAUUCUGUAUUUUAAUUUAUUUGGUCAAAACUGUACAUUUAAUUUUAGCCAUUUUAUUUUUUUUAAGUGUGAUCUGUACAGGCACUGUAAUUUAUCUCUUGAGUUACCAAAUGUCUUUUUGUAGAGUGUGUAUUUUAUUUAUAAUUAUUUUGUCAUUUGCACUAGUCUUUUUGUCUGGGAUUUUUAGCCAUUGUUAAACAACUCGCCAUUAAGCAAACAAAAUCAGCAGUUAUUUUCCCCAUGACCCUCAGGUUUCCGAUCACCACAAGCAAGGCUACACAGCAGUCAAUGUUUGUAUUGAGAAAUUGUGAAUUUGCUUGUAGAAUGUUCUAUGAUGCUUAUUUAUUUUUGUGGUUCACUGUGUGUAAUAUUUGCUGAGAACAAGUAAAAUUGUUUUCUACUCAAA